UUGAAAGAAAUUAACAUCAUCACAUGCCCUUGUUUCCCUGUACCCCUCCAACUCCUUUGUCAUGGUCUGUUUCCAUGCACUCCUCUCGCUCCCUCACUCACAGUUGACUUGCACAUUUUAGAGUUCGUCCGUCUUCUCUUUGUACACCAGGCUCCCAACCAAAUCGCAUGGUGCAAUGCAGUGGAAACCUUUCUAGAUGGAAUGAGGUACAAGUUUUCAUGCAAGGUUAGCCUUUCC